AUGGAGGAUAUGAUGUACCAUUGCUGGGCUUUUUACCAGGAUGGGAACUUUUCUCUCGUGACUCUCGCAUUGUGGGAUCCGUACAUUGAAAAAUUCAAGGCUCGAAUUUUUCAAGAACCGUCUGAAAUGGGGGAGACUUUUGCGAUAGGACAGUGGGAUGGCGAGAGCACCUCAGCCGCACCACGCUCCGAAAAUGGGCAGUCUUCAAAUUCAAACAACGACCCAUCUUUCGUUUGCAAGAUAUGCGCGGAACCCAAGUCUGGAAGUGAGUCGUUUAGCAUCAAAGGUUGUAGCCAUUCUUACUGUUCCGGGUGCAUGGCCAGGUAUGUUGCUUCAAAGCUUCAAGAUAACAUUACGAGAAUCGAUUGCCCUGUUUCUUGUUGUACCGGGUCAUUGGAGCCUGAGUACUGUCAUUUGAUACUUCCCCCAGAGGUGUUUGACAGGUGGGGCACGGCGUUGUGUGAGGCUCUGAUUCUUGGGACUGAAAAUUUUUACUGUCCGUACAAGGAUUGCUCAGUGAUGUUGAUCGAUGAUGGAAAAGAGGUGAUAACGAACUCGGAAUGCCCAAGUUGCUAUAGAAUGUUUUGCACGCAGUGUAAGGCUCCUUGGCACGAAGGGAUAGAGUGUGCGGAGUUUCAGAAGUUGAAUAAGGACGAGAGAGAGAAUGAAGAUAUUAUGUUGAAGAACCUUGCUCAGAAUAAGAAGUGGAAAAGGUGUCCAACCUGCAAAUACUAUGUUGAAAGAUCAUUCGGUUGCUUGUUCAUACAUUGCAGGUCACAUUUUUCUUUUCCUUUGGAAGUUUCUUUCAUGGUUUCUAGUGUCAUUAACUAUUUAAUUUCUACUUAUUCACUCCCAUUUUCAAGUACCACUACAAAUGAUAUACAUUUAAUAGCUUGUUCAAUUAUCUGA